AUGGUGAAGCACAACAGAGUCUCCAUCAAAGACAUUCACACUUUCUGCACGUUCAUAGUGACCAUGAAAAACCUCACAGAGGGAGACUCCGGGACUUACUGGUGUGGGAUAGACAGACUGGGAUGGGAUCUCAUGUUCUCUGUGAAAGUGAACGUUCUUCCAGCUGUUCCUGCCUCACCACCGCCAGCACCAAUGAGAGAGACAACAGUUCAUGCUGCCUCCACUGAGCCUCCUUUCAGAUGGACUGCCCCUCAAGUGGCUGAAUCUAGCUCCACCGUUCACAGCAGCGACCCUCCUGCAAGUACAACAGACCCAGUCCUCCAUAUCCUGACACCAUGCCUCCUGCUGGUUCUACUGCUGAUUCUGUUCAUGGUUGUACUGUUUAGAAGGAUGUCGCAGAGGAGAAACAAAGCCCUUGAGAGAGCAUCUGGACAAAGGGAAAAGAACUUCCAUCCCUAUCGGCUGGUACCUGGAAACACCCCGUCGUCCUUCGUUACCAGUGAUCCUGCAGCCUCUUGUAAGGCAGCCAUCUGCAUGCCCAUGGAGGAGACACCCGACUCAGCAGCUGAUGAGGAUGUCUAUGAAAAUGCCGCACAUGAGACCCAGGCUUCAAGAUCGACAGAAGAGGUUGUUCCUGGCACAGUGAAAUUUAUGACCUCACAUCAGCAGACCACCUAUGCCAAUCUGAAUCCAAACACACGCAGUAGGACAUCCCCCUCUCGUCAUCAAGGAAAGCGUGGGAAAAAAAAUACUGGAUGAAGCUCAAUGCUCUUGGAACAUUCCCCCUCCUACUGUUGGAAUUUUUAGCAGCUUGUUCUCAUUUCCCUGCUGUUACAUAGACACUUUCAGAUUCCUGUUCCUCCAUUAUUCUUAUGCCAGGUCCCCUGUACUGAGAUGCUAGUGUUGCUGCUGAUUGUGUUUCAUUCCCAGUGAGACUGUUUCACAGAUUUACUUACCGCUCAGUGCUUCUCGUUCUUCACAUCAACUGGAAAUAGAACAUAUUCCUGGUGGCUUCACCUUCAGAAGGACUUUGUGUGGGUCUGCAGGUUUGGCACACUC